UAAAAGAACUUUUGUCGUAAGUGUUUUAGCCUGGAAGACAGGAGGAUACACAAAGUAUUGCUGUUGGAGAAAUAAACCUUCAUAUAAACAAAUCAAAAGCGAUGAGCAAGAGGCGGAUACAAUAAGUAGGAAUGAUUUGUUUCUUGGACACAACAAUGAUAAUCGAAAAUCGAAGAAUGAAAAUCGGAAAAGAAAACCAAAAAGCGGAGAACAAAUAGCAAUACCAACUAAAAGUGAUGGUAAAGUGGUAAGAUUGAAAGGAAGUAAAAUAGUUUUCCCUCCUGACGUCAACACCCAUUCAGAGGUUUCGAAUAAAGCAAAGAAGAUUAGUGAAAAAUGCAGAAGAAUUUGAUAGAAAACGAUAAUAUAUCUCCAAUUAUUCAACCUCUGGAUGUUAUGGCUCGAAAAUCCAUUCGUAAUCGUAGCACAUCACAGGAGCAGAAACUAUCAAAGACGCCAAAUCUGGAAAAAACUAGUAUGCUCAGUAAAGUAGCUUAUUUUGAAAAGCUACCAGCUCAGAAGGCAUUUCCACAACGCAGGAAUUAUAAGUUAAAAAAUACAAUAUCUGAAAAUAGAGAAUAUAAUGACGAUAAUCACUUAUCUUCUCGACAAUAUUCUGAUUAUCAGCGGAAAAAUAAGGACAAUAGAAUUCAGUCUUCCAAAUCUACCAAAGUUAACCUAAAGCAAAAUCCUUCGGUGAUUCGCAAGUCUCGUCGACCUCAUAAGUUAAUUCAAAAAACCUCUGAUCGCCUCAGGGCACCUACAACCGAUCAUCAAUCCAUACACCAUUAUCGUACUGUUUACAACAAACCACCAUUGUCAAAUUCCUAUGUGAAAUAUCAACCUCAGAGUUGGGUGUCACCACGAACACGUAUUCUGUAUGAGAAUGAGAACAUAGUACCUUCUUCCCAGUCACAGAAACAACCAGCAAAAGCAUCAAAUAUUAGGCCUGGACAAAACCUACGUGUUAAAGCUUUCGUUAAAUCUUCACCUACGUCGAUUGAAAGUGAUCUUCUAGAGACUCCAGUUCAUGUCCAGUCUCAGAAGAAAUAUUUAUCAGAAUGGGACAAACAAAAUAAAUUACACAAAAAACGGCCAUCUCAACAAUAUCGGAAUUCCAACAGUGUAAAAGAUUUAACACAACAAAAGAAUCUAGAAAAUCUAUCUAUUUAUAACACUGAAAAACAAACCACACACAACCAUGUUCCUAGUACACAUCACUAUGAUUAUCCUAAACAACAGUUCUCUACUCUUCAGAAGAUUCAAACAACGGGACAACCAGACAAUUCGAGAGAAGACCAUACGCUGCCAGUUGUAAGACGUAAAUACCACACUACUCAUUGGUCUAAAUCUGCUAGAUCACAUCAUGACUAGGAAAACCAUAAAACUUCUCUACUAGCUCAAGAUGUACGUGCAUAUCCAUCUGUUUUUAGACAGACUGAAAUGUAUCCAAGAUUGAAUUUUACAGAAGCACAGCAAAUUCUGCCAGGUAGAACUAGAUUCUCUACAUUUCAGGCCGUUUAUGACAAAGAGGUGAGGUAUUCACAAGAUGAAAGCCUUCGACGUAACCAGUCAAUGCAUAUAGGAGACCAGCAGAAACCCUUAGGGCAACUAAUACUUCCAGCAUCUUCACUGGGUCAAAAAGAUCUCUAUACAGAGUCAAUCCAAAAUGUUUCCCCACAUGAAGAGUUUAUUCAAAAUCGUUAUCGAUAUGCAGAGUCAUUCCCAAAUCAUUAUUCGUAUCCAGAGUCGUUCCAAAGUUAUUACCCAAACGCAGAGACAUUCCAAAGUUACUAUACAUAUCCAGAGUUAUUCCAAAAUUAUUAUCCUUAUUCAAAUUCAAUCCAAAAUCACUUUAACAAAUUUCUCAUUCCAGUACAUCAGACUAUUCCCUCAGAUAAACAGGGUUACCUACCUGAAAAUGAAUUGUUCUUACCACACUAUUGUAAUGACCAGAGUCCUCAUAUACCUUAUGUUCCCGGAAAUUCUACUCUUUCAGUCUACCCUUAUUCGGAUUUUCGCCAACAACAACACCCACUUCAUGACUCAAGUAAGACAUUUCAACAACUUUACACAGUUAAUGACGAUGGCUUAAGAUAUAUACAUCCAUCUAAUACUGAAAGUAACAGAGAUUUGCUUUUAAUCGAAGAUCACCAAGGCCGCCCAUCCAUAUCUACCAUGAAAUCCUUAUCAUAUACUGUGGAAAAAGCAGCCAUAAAUGAUAUACAUCGUCAUCAACCGUUUAUUGAAGAGAAUCGAAACAGGACAAUGUCAGCCUUUAUUAAGUUUACUUUCUAAGCCCAUACACCAUGUUGGACAGUCAGAUCCAUUAAGUCUACCACCAACUCCUCCUCAGCGACAAAUAACACCUCAGUGCUCUACUCAACGUCUAAUAACAAAGUCACUACCUGUUCCUCCUCCAUUACCAGUAGAAACACAACGUUACCAUUUCCACAGUCAGCUACUCAACCACGAUGUAUAUGUCCUACACCAGGCUCCCUUCACACUCGUCGUUCAAAUUCUUCAGUAUUUCAGAAAUCGUCUAAAUCUUUCGGCGAAAUGCAACAUCAUAAAAACCAAAUUCGAGCUUCUCGACUUAAUUAUAAUAAAGGUCCACAAGUUGAUCUAAGAGAGUUACUGAGCGUUAAGCUGAAGAAAGUGCCAGAUGAAUGUAGAGGUAAUUUGAAGUACGAGAAAAAAACAACGAACUAAUUCAGUAACAGAAUUAUGUAGAUUGUCAGCUAACAUAUAAUUAUAUAGAUUGUCAGCUAACACAACCCAUCUGAAUCGCAACUUUUUCACCUGUAGAGCAACUUAAGUCCUGGUUACCAACUUAUGAUAAAUGAGACUCAAAAUUAAAAGAAUAUCAGCUAAUUUUCAAGACCCAUCAGAGGAGAAUAGACAAGUUCAGAUUUCGGUUUCAUCCCGUAUGAAUACCUGGCUAGAGUAAUGUGUGGUUAACAAAACUCGAUUUUUGUUGUUGUUUUUUUUUCUUUUCAUAAAAGUUUUAACAUAAUCGUCACAAUUCACUUACAAAAAUUUCGAACUAUUAAUUAGACAUAAGUUUAAAACUGUAAAUAAGUCAUUGAUGAAAAGUGGA